UGCCCCCCCUGUCCUGCAGCCCCAUGGCCGGGAGCGCUGAGAUGGCAUCCCUGGAAGAGAGCUUCCGGAAAUUCGCCAUCUACGGCGACACCAAAGCUACGGGGCAAGAAAUGAACGGGAAGAACUGGGCCAAGCUGUGCAAAGACUGCAAAGUCACCGACGGCAAAAGCGUCACCGGCACCGACGUGGACAUUGUCUUCUCCAAGGUGAAAGGGAAGACGGCGCGUGUCAUCAACUACGAGGAGUUCAAGAAGGCGCUGGAGGAGCUGGCCCCCAAGAGGUUUAAGGACAAGAGCAAAGAGGAGGCGUACGAAGCCAUCUGCCAGCUGGUGGCAGGGAAGGAGCCCAUCAACGUGGGCGUCACGGUGAGUGAAGGGACCCCGGGCGCUGGGAGCAGGAGGGAUGGUUGGGAGUGGGGGACGGGGCUCUACGUGCAGCCCAAAUGUUUUUUGGGGGACCCCGUGGCGCUGGGGGGUGGCUGGGGCUUGCGCAGGGCUGGUGGGCACGGCAGGGUCCUCAGCGGGUGUCGGGAGCUUGUGCGGGGCAAGGGAUGA